UGCUGCAAUCGAGACAAGUUUUUAUUACUCUACAAUAUGCAGACAUAUACAACUUGGUUCAACAAAGACCUCUUCAGUUUAACAUACACAGUGUGUAAACAUGGCAGCAGCCAGCACUCUCAUCUUUGAAGAUCAGUGUCGGUGCUGCAUCUGUCUGGACGUGUUCACUGAUCCAGUCACCAUACCAUGUGGACACAACUUCUGCAAAUCCUGCAUCACGGAACUCUGGAAUAUCACAGUCCCCCACCAGUGUCCUUUGUGUAAAGAGUUUUUUGACAAAAGACCUGAACUGCGGGUCAACACCUUUAUUUCUGAUAUGGCUUCGCAGUUCAGACAGCCAGCCAUAAAGAAAGUUGGUAACUUCUCAGAACAAGAAUGUGCAAACUCGGAGGAGGUUCUCUGCGAUGUCUGCACUGAAACCAAACUGAAGGCCCUGAAGUCCUGCCUGGUGUGUGUGACCUCAUACUGCGAGACUCACCUGAAACCUCACCAGACAUUCGCCGGCCUGAAAAAACACAAGCUGAUCGACCCUGUGGAGAACCUGGAAAGCAGGAUGUGUAAGAAGCACGAUUGGCCUCUGGAGCUGCUCUGCAAGACUGAGUAGAGGUGUGUGUCCCAGGUGCAAACAGAUCACAAGAGACAUCAUGUGGCCCCUCUUGAAGAAAAUAAGGCAGAGCUGGAAGAGACUUAGGCUGAAGUUCAGCAGAAGGUCCAGCAGACCGAACAGUCAGUGACACACAGCAAGGAAGAUUCCUACAGAUGUUCACCGCUCUGAUUCAGUCUGUUAAGAGAGGUUGGUUGAUUGACUGAUUGAAACUCUUUAUUGACUAUAAAUCGAAAAGUGGUGCCUCUAGCCAGAGAUUCCCCAACUACAAAAGAUCUGGCUGAGCUCGCUCACAUGAUCAAACAGACACAGAAAACAGAGAAAAAGGCUGAAAGUGUCAUCAAAGAGCUGGAAGGGGAAAUCUCUGAGCUGAUGGUAGAGAAGCGCUGAGCUGGGGCAGCUCUUACACACUGAAGACCACUUCCAGCACCUCCAAAGCUUCCCGUCCUGGAACCCUGCUCCUGUCUAUUCAUGUUAUGAGACUGUGUGGACGUGUCUCUUAAUCCUGAUACUGUAAAUCCCUGUCUCAUCCUGUCUGAUACCCCAGAGAGAUUGUCCUCUUGUGCAAUCUCAGGGAAGCAGAGUCUCUCUUCGAGCAGGAAGACUGUCAACUGACUGACAACUCUCUCUUAUUCACUCCUUCCCCCCUAUCAGCUCGCCAUGGGCGUUCCCAUCGAGUUUACCAAUCAGGUUUCACCACGGUCACCUCAGCCAAUCACCAAGUCACUAUCACACUUUAAAUCUGUUCUCUCUCUCUCUCUCUCUCUCUCUCUCUGCUCACAGCUGUCAUUUCAGUAUGAAUGGCUGCUGCCCUCGUCCGCCCCAUUCACCUCCGGCACACCAGAACCAGGAAACCUCGGAUACUUUUUAACUUUGCAAGCUGAUGAAGUCCGCCCAAGUGCACCAUGUGUUUUGAUCUCUUAGAGGAUGGACAAUUUGGGGAGGAGGUAUGAACUUGGUGUUACGGUCUUCAAGUCUUGGGAAGCAGUGGUUCUCAAACUUUUUCAAGACACACCUAAACAAAUUAGACCAUGGACCCCCAUUUGAUAAGAUUUUGUCCCAGGGUCCCCCAUCUGAUAGUAUAUUUGCAUUUAG